UUUCAAUUUUUUUUUCUUUUUUUACAGAUAUAAAGAACUUCAAGAGCGAUGCGCCGCCAUUUUAUUCGAUACGCGUAACGCCAUCUAGCGACGAGAAUGAACUUUACACGGCAAACAUAGACGCGAUGCCACGCUUAAAAUAUGCUUCAAUUUUACGAGUACUACUCAUAUUGGGGCUAUUUUGUAUCUGGGUACAGAUAAUGCUGUCGGCGACGACUGGGGGGUUGGAUAAGGAUGGAGAGGAGUUGAUGAAUUCGAACGAGACGUCAGAACAGGUCCUGGCAUUGGUACCACCGGAGUUGCACAAAUAUUUGACCGUUCACCCGAAGAACAAUAGCGCAAACGCAACAGAGCGGUACGCUCCGAAGAACAUUUCUGAUAUACUCCGAGCUAUUCAGCGUGUAAACGACGCGCAGACGAUCUACAAUGAGGAUGUAUUUGGUCCAGUACAGAACGACACUAUCAUCAUCGCUAUACAGGUUCACACCCGUCUGACAUACCUACGUCAUCUGAUCGUCUCCUUGGCUCAAGCGAGAGACAUCGACAGGACGCUGCUGAUAUUCUCACACGAUUAUUACGAUGAGGAAAUAAAUAACUUAGUUAGGAGUAUCGAUUUUACUAAGGUGAUGCAGAUUUUCUACCCCUAUUCGAUUCAGACACAUCCGCAGGAGUUCCCCGGAAUGGAUCCAAAUGACUGUCCCCGGGAUAUCAAGUUGGAAAAAGCAUUAAAAAUUAAAUGCAACAACGCUCUACACCCGGACCUGCACGGACAUUACAGGGAAGCGAAGUACGCACAGACCAAACACCACUGGUGGUGGAAGGCAAAUAGGAUCUUUAACCAGCUACAGUGUACCUCUACUCAUACAGGUCCAGUAUUAUUUCUAGAAGAAGACCACUAUGUAGCGGAGGAUUUUAUUCAUAUGUUAAAUUUGCUGCGGAACACUGCGGACAAGACGUGUCCGCAGUGCGAGAUACUCGGUCUCGGGACUUAUCUCAAGACCUAUCAGUACCACAGCACUAGCGAUAAGAGAAAGAAGCACCUAACACUCAACUACAUUCAGCAAGUGAGGGCCAUCAGUGAAGAGAGAAGGAAACGCCAGCAGACACAGUGGAACUACCAAGUUUAUCCAAAUCUCUACUCGAGCACUCAGAAGGUUGAAAUAACCCCAUGGCAUUCAAGUAUGCAUAACAUGGGAAUGGCGUUCAAUAGAACGGUAUGGGAGAAUAUUAUGGAGCUCCAGGAUCAGUUCUGCGCGUACGAUGAUUACAACUGGGAUUACUCAUUGCUUCAUCUGUCACAAAAUAGGCCUGGGAGGGAGAAGUUUAAGGUUAUUUUGUGUAAAGGUCCGCGGGUGUUUCAUAUCGGAGAAUGUGGUUUCCAUCACAAGAAGUCCAAUUGCAACGCUUCAACUGUCAUCAGUAAAGUACAGAAGCUCCUCAAGGACGCAAAGUCCUACCUCUUCCCCCCCAGGGUGACGGCGACGAUAACCGCUGGGGGCGCGAAACAUAACAAGAAGUUAACCAAAGGAAAUGGGGGUUGGGGUGAUUUGAGAGAUCAAGAGCUGUGCACGAACAUGACAAAAAUAGGACGACAAUUAAAAAAGUAUAUUUAUUACGCGUAGUUGUUACGGAGACGAUCUGCUUUACCAAAUAUUAAAUUAAAAAAAAAAGUAUAUUUUUGUUAGUAUUCUAAUGUUUUGACAGCUUGAACUUGUGAGCCGUCCGCCAUUUUUUUCUUCUUUCUUCUUUUAAAUUCUACCUUUCUUUUUUCUUUUACUAUCUGUUAUUUAUAACUGUCAAAUGAUUCUUAGACUUUAAAUGUUAUCUGUUUUUAUGCUAAUAAUUUUCCAGAGCUAGUAAAAGUAUGCUUUUAAUAGACUUUGAUUGAGCAUUUUAAUUUUUUGUAAUGUCUUUGCUGCUCAUAAAGUUAUUUUAGUUGGUUUUAUUUCAGUUUUCAGAAAAGUUAUCGUAUCCACUUCCUCAAAAUCUGGCUUUCAUUCAAUAGGGAGAAAAAAAUUGUUCUGUACUUAAACUAAACUAGGAACUCAAUUUAUCGGUUACGAAAUUAAAAAAAAAAAGUUCUUCUAUUAUUAUCAACUAUUAUCUGUAACGAAAAAAAUUAAGCUGUCAAAACAUUAUGUUAAUAAAUCGAUGCUUGAAAAAGAAAACGAUACACUCUAAUUGUUUACCAGUUUUCCAUUUCAAGCGUUGAUAUAAUUUUAUUAUUAUUAAUAAUAAUAAUGUUUUUUAUACAUAAAA